UUAUGUGUCAUUAUGACGUUGUCAUCUAAUUUAAUGUUUAUUGAUAAAGCAAGAAGCGGGAUUAACUUCGGUUGGUUCGUGUUUUGUUCACAAAUAGUUUUGUAAAUGAUUGCAGAAAAUCGCGCACAUUUUUCUUAACAAGGAUAUGUAUCUAUUGAACUACCUACACAACCAUAUUAUGUCUCUUGUACCUUCUUUUUAUCCACAAAAUAUACAUUGUCAUUUCAAGUUUUUAAUUCGUUAAAACUCCGAAUUUAAGAACGUAUUAAAAGCCUUCGUCAUGGAUUUUAGUUCUCGAAAUCCGGCUACAUCAAAUGCACUAAAUCUUGCUGCUAGAAACAAUGAUGUCGCUAAUGUGGAGCGUUUACUUCAAAAGAUAAACCCUAACUGUAUUGAUAAUAGAGGGUGGACUUGCCUGCACGAAGCUGCAUAUAACGAUAGCUAUGAAAGCGUGUUACUUAUCUUGAAAGAUCCUCGAUGCAGACCACUAGCCGAAACUCAUGAAGGGCACACCACAUUAUACUUAGCUUGUAAAAAUAAGUGUUCACUGAAGACUGUCACAGCUUUACUCAACUCUGCAGACGAUAUCGCAAACUAUGGCAGCACAGAGGGUGUGACGCCUCUGCAUAUUGCCACUAGUCAAGGUAGUGUGCAGUUAAUACAAUUGUUACUAGAGUAUGGUGCAAUUAUAGAUGUGCAAGACUUUGAUGGAGAUACACCAUUACAUGAUUCAGUGCUAGCCAUACAGAAUGAAUCGUUGGUUACUCUACUGUAUGCUGGAGCAGAUCCAGAGAUUAAAAAUGAACCCGGAUGCUUCACACCAUUCCAUCUGGCUUGUUGUAGAGGAUAUUACCCUAAUGUAGUAUCAUUGUAUCCAUUUGUCACUGAUAUCAAUGAAGUAACAGCUACAGGCGAUUCUCCAUUGACAUUGGCACUUCAGGGAUUAAAUGAAGAUAUUGUUAAUUUCUUAAUAGAACAUGGCGCUGACCCUCACAUUAAGAAUAACUAUGGUGAACAAGCUAUAGAUAUAGCAUUAAGUGUUGAUUGUAGUAUAGAGCUAUUUACAAAACUAUUUUCUAUUACAAAUACACAACAACUAAAUCCUUAUAUAAUACUUAAUGCUUGUAAGCCUCACUAUUUUAAGUUUGAGAUCUUAGAAAUGUUACUAACAAGUGAUCUGGGACCUGAAUUUUUCAAUUUUGCUGAGCCCUUCAAUAAAGAUCUAACUCUGCAUGAUGAGCAAUCAUAUUUAACCAAUGCACCAUUGAAUUCAUAUUUAAAAAUAUGUGGUUACAUUUACAAAAAGUCACCAGAAAAGUUUCGAGAGUUCUUUUAUUUGUUUCUGAUGAGGGGAGUUGAGGUGAAUCCCACUGAUGUUAGUGUAUGUCCACCACUAGUGUACGCUCAUCAUGUAAAUACAUCAUGCUUUCAAGAAGUAUUUGAAAUUCUUUUGGAACAUGGCUGCAACGUAGACUACAGCAGUUCAAUUGCGUGGACCACUAAAUGUGUUCCUGAUGCAUUUUAUGCUUCAAUAAAUGUGUAUCCCUCAUCUUUACCGAUUUUGAUACCAUACAGCAUUUUCUGUGAGCCUGCUGAUGUUCUACAGAUGGCCUAUGAGAGGGGUGUUUUGGGCAUAAUUCCACCACAAGUACAGCGUGAGCUAUUGACAAUGCUCGAUUGUGACUUGCAAAUUGUCACUGCAGAGAAUCUACAAUAUCAUGUGUUAUCUUUAAAACACCUGUGUAGAUACAAAAUCCGUGGCAUGCUUAGAAAUAUAAAGGGUGGGAUCAGAUCCACACAAAAAUUUCUUUCUGUAUUAGAUAGCAUUCCAAUACCUAAACUAUUGAAAAAUUAUUUAAGGUACAUGUGAUCAGAAAGUUAUUUUUAAUCUU